GGAAAUGGUUGUGUCUGGUGAGGAUUUUCCACGUUGCCCCCCGUGGCCGCCUCGUGGUCGCCUGGUGCGCUUGGUGGGUCCAGCGAGGUUGUUUGGCUACCUGUUUGGGUUCCCUGAUCCGACUUUGUCCGCCUUCAUCUGGCGGUGCUCGAUUGCAGUAAGGUCUGGCGCGAUCCGGGCGAACGACACCGUGUGGCUCAGGGCCCACACCGGCCGACGCAUUCACGUCGAGGGCGACAUCGUGCGCGCCAGCUCCCCGCACCGUGGGCCAUAUCAGGCCCUGCGGCUGGAGAGGAAACCCGGGACGCUGGAUCCCGGGGCGCUGCGCUCUGGUGAGAGGAUCUUCCUGCGGGCGCACACCGGCCACCACCUGGAGGUGCUGCGGCAGGAUGCGAUGGCCCGCAGCGAGCGCUACGGCGCGCAGCAGGCCUUCGUCAUCACCAAGCCGACGGGGUCCUACUGACCGCCCCGCAGCGGCGCCCCGCCGCUGCGCGACGCCCGCUGGCGUCCCGCCCGUCGCUGCGCCCGCUGGCCCUCGGCCGCUGCGCUCGGCCGCU